UAUUAUUAAACUAACGGGAAAUUCGUAGAAUGCACACACAUAUGGUUGCCAGUACUGUAAAAUGGUUAUCGGACUACCAACAUGGCUAUUGAGAAGAGGUUGCUGUAAGAGUUAUAUUCCUUCUAGGUUGUUGUAAUAUGGCAGAAGCUAAAGUUACAGUUUAUAGUGAUGACAGAUCAAACACUGUUCUGAAUGAAGACACUAACUUCAUAGUGGAUCAUCAGUUACCAAAUGAUGAAGAAAUCAGUUUUGUACCUGAUCAAUCUAACAUCAGUACACAUUAUCAUAAAAACCUUUUAGACAUUCCUGAUGGGAAUAUUAAGGGGAGUUUUGAAGAUAAAUUGGGCCCUCAUUUGCAGGAAACUGCACCAGAGCUUAUGGAUGAUAUGUCAAAUGUUACAGUUGCAGGCACUUCCAGUGAAGACAUAAAAGUGAAUUAUCACAACCAACUUGAUGAAAGUAAUAUGAACAAAAUAAAAAAUGUUGAAUCCUCAAUUAUCCGUACAUCUUCUAUUUCAUUUACUACCAAUGCCACUGAUAUUGUUAACUCAGAAAAUAUAGCAGCAGGAUUUCCAUUAAAUUCUGGAAAUGUACAACUCAUGCACACCUCUUGCAGUCAGAAUUCUAGCAAUAUUUCAGAUUUGUUCACCAGUGCAACAGAUUCUUCACACUGCAAUAAUCAGGAAAAAAUGAAUAAUUCCUUGAAACUGAUUUGUGACUAUGGGAGUGAUUCUGAUAUUGAUGACAGUAUUGAAAUACAUUCCAAACCAGGGGCCAUCAUUAUGAGGCCUUCAGAAAAUGAAAAAUUAUUUUCGAUUGAUUAUAGAACAGCUCAGGUUUUAUUUUCUGAGGACUCUGAUGAUAGUUCUGAUAGUUCAGAUGAGAAAUCAGACAGUGACAGUUCAACUAGUUCCAGCAGCAGCAGUGGUUGCAGCAACAGUAAUAGCGGCUCUUCAUUAGGAAUAGAAAAUGCAUCUGCUUUGAAGCGGAAUGUUACUAAUAAUGAACAGAAUAAAACUCCCAAACCUAAAAAGAAAGAUCCAAUGAAGACCAGGGGAGAAAUUCUCAUUGAAGACCUUCCUCCAAUAAAAGAUUUGCAAAUCGAAGUGUCUGAAAAGGAAUGUGUGGAACUGGGCAAAAUAUUCAGCAUUGUGGACCAAAUGGUGGUUGUUCAAUCUAUCAAGAAUUCUCCUGCCCUUAAUUUAGACAGUGUUUUGUUUCUUGAUCAUGGCAGAAUAACUUUAGGAUAUAUUUUUGAUGUAUUUGGUCCAGUUGGAGAACCCUUAUACUGUGUUCGGUUUAAUUCGGCAGAACACAUUAAAGAAAAAGGAAUAAAAAAAGAUAUGAUAGUGUAUUGUGCACCCACAAAUGAACACACAUCAUAUGUAUUUCUUCAAGAUCUGUUGAGCAUGAAAGGGUCAGAUGCCUCUUGGGAAGACAACAAUGAACCUCCACCCAAAUGCCUUGAUUAUUCUGAUGAUGAAGAGGAGAGAACAGCAAAGAGAUCAAUCAAAGUUGGUGAGAGAAAGGUCACAGAUGAAGGUUCUGAACAGCCAAGGAAGAAGAACGGCAGUUCAUUUGAAAAGAGGAUGAAUGAACGUAACCUUCGCAUGACUGCUUUGCUUGCUAAUAAGCCUGCAGCAGUAGCCAUUAGAAAUCGUGAUAACAAUAACAGUAAUAAUAGCAACAACAAUAGUCCAUGCCCACAACCUCCUAAUUCUGCAUGGUGGACUGCCCCCUUUCCCCCAAGCCCUAGGUUUCAACAUGGUCUCAAUAGACCACCCCCACCCCCCUUUACACCGGUUCCACCUAGACUCAUUCAGCCACCAACAUUCACCCUGCCUCCACCAGUUGCACCACCAUUUUUUCCUCCAAUCCAACCCCCUUCUUUUUCUCCAUACAACCCUAUUUUCUCUCCCUCAGUUCCACCCUUUGAUCCAAAUCGUCCACCUCCACCAUUUGGGUUUCCUCGAUCUAUGCCUCCCCAGAUGCCAUACUUUCGUCCCCCUCUAUGACCACAUUGCUGUUUGUUACAGUUAACAGGCACUUGACUGGUCUGUUUGUCAUUCUUUAAGUCAAGAAUCCUGUGAAGCAGCAACAGAUUUGUUCCUGCAACUGAUGUAGCAUUUUAGUCUAUAAAUAUGGAUGUUUAAUAAUUGUCUUUCUCAUUUUGGUGCUGUGUGGUGUAUAUUUUGUGUUCCAUUAUCAUCUUUUAUAUUCUACACCAAUUUAAUACUUGAGUUUAUCACUAUCCUUUGUAGAAUGCUUCAGACAUUGUUUAUAUUAUAGACAGUUUACUGCAUCUUUCACAUUUGUUUUAUUAUCUAAACUGAUUAUCAGUAUUUAAUAAUAAAAGUUAUUAUGUUAAAGGGGUUGCAGGAAAUGUCAAGUACUUGUCAACAUGAGAGCCAAAAAAUGCUGAAAAUGUUUAUAAAAUUACUGCCUAUUGUGGGUGGGGAUAAAAAGUUGGUUUUUGGUUAUGAAGUGAAAAAUGAUAUAACAUUUCUUUUAUAUGUUGAAGUAAAAAUACAGGAAUCCAAAAACCUUGUGUCUAGAGAUUAUAGCAUGGUUAAGUAGUCUGCCUUUAAAUGUUACAAAUUGUAUAAAGUAUUAUCUUGUGAAGAUGAUUAUGCACAUGUGGCUGUGGUCUUCUGGAAUUUGUAUUUUUCUGUGUUGAGUAUGCAAAUUUGUUAAAAGGUAAGGCAUGUACAGUAUAAUAUCCACUAAGGAACUCUAUUAAACAUUACCAAAACCACCCUUUUUUCUUAAAAAAGAUAAUUUUACAAUAUAUUAUUUAUCAUGACAGUUUUAUGAUAAAACAGGUUGUCAUUAAGCACAUCAUUUUUCUGUUGCUGUUAUGCAUCCAGUUUAUAGAAUCAAACUCUGGGCAAUUACAGAAGGUUUAACAAAUAAAAAGUAUUUGUAUUUCUUGAAAUAGAAUCUUUAAAGCUCCAGAUUUUUAGGACAGUUCUAACUAUACCACACUGCUGAAAGGUGAAUUCAUUCUGCAGAUUUUCACCUUCCGAAGUCAUGAAUUAAAUCUUGGAUACUUGGAUGGAUGAUACUAUGACAGUUAUAUAUCUUAAAAGCUGUAUGAAAUUUUGGUAGCUUCAAUUCAAAAUGAAGAUUUCUGUCUUCUGAGUUGUUGCGCUGUGUAGUCUGGUCGACGUUAACCAACGUUUCAGAGGUCAUACUGCCUCCGUCAUCAGGGCGAUGAAUCUACCAGACUACACGGCGCGACAACCCAGAAGACAGAAAUCUUCAUACUGACCGCUGUGAAAACCUCAAAUCUUUCAAUUCAAAAUGUUGUCUCCCCAUUAUGGCUUUAUCCCUGCAGAAAGAGACCCUCUUACCAAUUACAUUGGAGGCUGAUGGUCUCCAGUUCUGGUCUGGGCAUUACUUUACAGAAGGCAAGUACAGAGUUUGGGGCUGCUAUUUGAUUGGGUAGUUUUCCUUGUAGUUUGUAGUAGGAGUGUGAAUGUAAUGAGUGAGGUAAAAUAGUUUGGAUGAACAAACUUCCAGAGGUGAAAAAGUGGACAUUGGAGAGAGUUGACGAGAUUUCUUAGCGCUGUUGAAAAAGUCACUUGGCUAUUUUUUCCUCUAGUAUGUAGUGAUUUCAGUUAAUUUUUAUGAUCUUAAAAUUGCUCAUGUACAUCAAUUGUUUUUUAUGGAAGGAUAAUUUCAGUAUUAUUCUGAACAGUUAUUGAUUAAAUCAUGGGAAGCAUGUUCUAUUGUUGCUUCCAAAAUAUGAAAGCAUUGUACUUCCUUUGUUCAAAUUCAGUCAGCUAUUUCAUAUUUUGAAAGAUUAUAUGCAUAAUAAAGUGGAAAUCGAACGGUA